AUGCCUCAGCCGCCAACGCUGUCUCUCAGCAAUUUCCUGAACUCGGCUUCUUCCAGUCGUCGAAAAAGAUCUCACGCCGAAAUCACUCGAUCCCAAAGUCGUUCACUUAGUCCGCCACUCCCACACAAGCGCCGCCGCGUUUCUUCUUACCUCGGAUCUUCUCAACAUCCUUUCUCUCCUUCUCCUACCGCUUCACCUACUCCUUCGCCUGCUUCAACCAGAUUUCCAGGCGACGGAUUUGAUUAUCGCCGGCCCAUUAUGUCUCAAGACCAGCCUCGAAGUCACCCAACUAUGAACCCCACUCGCACCGCCAUCGAUCUCACAAUAGACAGUGAUUCCUCGACGGAAUCCGACACUCCCAUCCCCGCCCCUCGACAUUCACAAUCACGGCCCCGUCGACGACAGACAAGUCAUGCCUCCAGAUCAGAAAGAGGGAGUCGAGCCUCUCACAUGACUACACAAGUCCCCGAAGAAACCCACGAGGUAAUAGAUCUAUCAGACGAUUCGGAUUUCCAUAUACAAGAAUUCGACGAACCGGCAGCUGAACGUCGUACCCGCCGACCCACCCCUUUUGAACCAGCUUCCAGUCCUGAAGUUGAGAUUGUCCAUGAGAGACCAGCUCCUGUAGCCAAUCGUCGUGUCAAUUCCGAGAGACCCGAGCGACAUGAACGUCCUCGACUCCCACCCAUUGCCACUCCCCCUCUUCCUACGGGGCAGCCGGGUCCUUUUGGGUAUUUCCCCGAUAUUAUUCGGCGAUCUACUCAGCUUAUACUAGGCAAUCUCGGGAACACCUUGCAGAACACCCGGGACACGGUGAGGCAGAUCCAUGAUGAAGUCCGUCGACGCCCGGGGAAUUAUAUGGACAAUCCAGGUGACUUGAUCAUCAAUUUCGACUACAGGCAAGCAGGCUUCCAACUGGGAGGAUUUGACAUGCAAGAGCGAACGUCGGAGACCCCACAGGUGGUACAAGAACCAUACAAGGCUCCCCCAGCUGCCAAAGAAGGAUUCAUUCGCACUUUUACUGAGGAGUCGGUUGUGUUGUGUCCUAUGUGUGGUGAUGAAUUGGCGACUGGAGACAAUGAGACCAAGCAGCAAGUCUGGGUUGUCAAAGGCUGUGGCCAUGUCUACUGUGGUGAAUGUGCCGUUGGUCGUCAUAUCACCAAACCAAAGAAGGAAAAGAAGGCCGUGUCUACAAAGUCAAUGCCAUUCAAGAUCUGUGCCAUCGAAGGAUGCGAUGCCAAGGUGACGAGUAAACAAGCGAUGUUUCCAGUCUAUCUAUAA